AUGAAGCAAAAGGUUGUAUCUUCCAUCCUUGUGGUCUUCAUCCUAACCCCAUCUCUGGCCAUGAUGAACAUCAGUGACAACCGUCCUCUGGAUGGAUCUGUUGGGACUCAAAGUAUCCAUGUCAGCUCCUUCCAAGGUAUGGUCAGCAUCCAAGACAACAAUGUUUUCAGUGAAUGGGACGGAAUCCUGGAAUACAAGAAUGCCCUCUUGGCUGCUAAGCUGUUUAGCAAGAUGGACCAAGCAGUCUUCCCAAGCCUGGAUGACAUUAGCAAGGCCUUGGACAAACAGGCUUCUAAGCAUUACCCAUCUACUCACGGCCCAACCUACACUGUUUUACCCAGCCGGGUCAAGAACUUAGCACAGUAUGGAAUUCCCAUCAAGGACAUGUGCAGAGAUGUCCCCAUUAACUUUGCCUGGCAGCAUAAAGAAGGUACUGCCCUCGCAGUUGAUCCUGAUUCUUGUUUUGAAGUCCAACUUCUGUCCUUCAUGGGACUCUCCAUCUGCGGCGAGAUACCUGGGCUCUGA